AUGGUGCAAAAUAAGAGGAUUCUUGUUAUUUAUACUGGAGGCACUUUUGGUAUGCUGAAAAAUGAAAAAGGAGUGCUUGUACCUCAGAAGGAUAUAGAAAGAAGAGUGAUCAGAAAACUACCACAGUUACACGACAAUGUUUACUGGGAGAAAAAUCUUGCCGGAACAGACCUUAAAGAAUAUCUGGUGAUACCAGAUGGCAAGGACACGGAACAGAAAGUGUUAUACAAAAUAUAUGAAUAUGAUGAGCUGAAGGACUCCUCAGACUUCACCAUGGACGACUGGAUAACACAGGCUAGAGAUAUAAAGAAAUUCUACCACGAUUAUGAUGGUUUCGUGGUGCUGCAUGGCACUGACACGACAGCGUAUGGAGCUUCCAUCCUGUCCUUCAUGCUGGAGUCAGUUGGCAAGACCGUCGUACUCACAGGAGCACAGAUUCCCAUUUUCCAACCUCGCAGCGAUGGUAACAACAACUUGUUGUGUGCUAUCCUUAUCGCAGCCACACAAAACAUUCCAGAAGUCACAGUAUUCUUUGGUGCCAGGCUCUUCAGAGGCACAAGGGUAAAAAAAGUAUCAAACACAAAGAUCUACGCGUUUGACUCGCCGAACUUCCCAGCGCUGCUCGAAGCCAAGGCGACCCUGGAUGUAGACCCGAAGAUGCUGAUCCAUCCCCCUGGCUCCGUGCCCAAUGAGUGCAGAUUACAUGACAAGCUCUGCAGGAAGGUGUAUAUCUUGAAGAUGGCACCCACUAUCACACCUGAACUGAUUAAAGCAGUGUUUUCGGGCAUGGAAGGCGUCGUUCUAGAAACAUACGGCAACGGUAAUAUUCCCAUCAAACGCAAGGAUAUCUACAAAGAGAUCGAGGCGGCAGUGAAGAACAAGGUGCUGGUGGUGAACGUGACUCAGUGCAUCAAUGGAACUGUCAUCGCUAAACCUUUGUAUGAGACUGGACUGCUUCUAUUAGAAUGCGGAGUAGUGCCUGCAUACGACAUGACGGCUGAGGCAGCGUGGGCCAAGUUGUGCUAUGUGCUCACUAAGACAGAACUUAGCUAUGAGGAGAAAGUUAAGUUAAUGAAGACGAAUAUUCGUGGCGAGAUGUACAACCCUCACUAA